AACUUUAGUUCACAACGAACAGUCUCACAGCAGAAACAUACAAACAUCCAAGAUGAAAACUUUGAUCGUUCUUUUCGCAAUUACUGUAUGCGUUGCUAAUGGAUACCCUGGACUUCCAUUAGGAGGCGUACUUCUUGGACCUGGAAACCCUGGAGCUAUCCUUCAAGGACCUGCAGCAAAGGGAUCAGUAAUCGGCCCAGAUGGAUCAAUCGUUUCUGGAGCUGCGCAAGCUGGUGCCAUAGCAGCCGGAGCUAUUCCCGGAGGAGUCGUCAGCGGUGCAGUUUCGCCGGGACUUGUCGGAAUCCCAGCCCCAAUUGCAAUUCAAGCCCCAAUCGCAAUCCCUUCACCAAUUAUACCCCCAGUUCCCAUUGGUCUUGGUAUUGGACUUAACAACGGAUUAAGCGGAGCUGUUUUAGCCGGACCAUCCGGAACUGUCGUUUCUAAUGGAUUAGGUGCUGUUAGUGUUGGUGCCGUUGGCCCAAUUGGACCCGUAGGUCUUGGUCUUGGCGAUGAUUGUGAUGAUGGAGAUGAUGGAUCUUAUAGACCAAGCGGAAAGUGGUGAAUGCAGAGAGGAUUUUUUGUACAAUUGAAGACUUAGGCUAUGACAUCGCAUAUAACAUUGUGACAGUGUACCAAAAUGUAUUUAUUCAUAUUAAAAUCAUAUUAUAAAAGUUA